ACCUGCGUGCUUCGCUCAGAGCAGCCCGAUCCUGAUCCUCUUUCAUCGCACUAACCCAGCGACUCUUUCUUGAUCCAACCAACUUCAGCAGUUCACAUUAUUUUUACAUUCUCUUCGGACACAAGUGACUGCAUAAAGGAGAAACAGGAUUCUCUUUAAGGAUGCAUUUGGUUAUCUUCCUUUUCGGUGUCUUUAUUGCAGCCGUGAUGUUGCCUCCAGGGAGCUGCAUACAGAGAGUUAUAGGUCUGUAUGGUGAGACCAUUGAAGUGCCAUGCAACAAUGGAAAUAACAAGCCAGAUGACCUUAUGUUCACCAAAUGGAAAUAUGUGAAAGAUGACAGCACUUCGGGCGAUCUGCUUGUGAAGCAGGUGCAAAGAAAUGAAGCAAACAUUUCCGCCACAGACGGCUACCAAAACAGAGUUAGCAUUGACACCAACUCCAGCCUGCUGAUCGCUCAGGGUUCACUGACCGAUCAAAGAAUUUACACCUGCUUGGUGGUUUCUAAAACCAAUCUGCAAGAAUACCCUGUGGAAGUGAAUGUGUACAAAAAACCAUCAGCUCCUGUGAUCAAAAACAAAGCGAAAGAACUUGAAAAUGGCAAACUGAUGAAGUUGGGGGAUUGCGUGGUGGAGAGUGUCAACCCAGCGGCGGAUCUCAUUUGGAUGAAGAACAACCAGCCUCUAGGGGAUGACGGCAAGACGAUCAUUAUCACAUCAGCUGUCACCAAGGACCCAUCCACAGGUCUCUCCAGCACCUCUUCCAGUCUGCAGUACACAGCCAGGAAAGAUGAUGUGAAGUCACAGUUCACCUGCACGGCGAAACACGUGUCGGGCCCCAACCAAGUUUCAGCACCAGAGAUCUUCCAAAUUCACUACCCUACAGAGAAGGUGAGUCUACAGGUUGUCUCUCAAAGCCCCAUUAGGGAAGGUGAUAAUGUGACACUGAAAUGCCAGGGGGAUGGAAACCCUCCUCCCACCAGCUUCAACUUCAACAUUAAGGGUCAGAAGGUCACGGUGACGAACAAGGAUGUGUACACUCUGACUGGCGUCACCCGAGUCGACUCUGGGGUGUACAAAUGUUCCUUGCUUGACAAUGAAGAGAUGGAGUCCACUCAGAUCAUCACCGUGAGCUUUCUGGAUGUAAGCCUCAUUCCGACUGGAAAGGUGUUAAAGAAGCUUGGGGAAAGCUUGGUGGUGUCGAUGGAAAAGAACGCCUCCACUGAAGCGAAAGUGACAUGGACCAAGGAUAACCAUAAACUAGACAGCCUGGCCAACUUCUCUCAAUUGACGUAUGCUGAUGCGGGCCUGUACGUGUGCGACGUGUCCAUUGAAGGAAUCAGACGCAGCUUGUCUUUCGAACUUACAGUAGAAGGUGGUCCAAGAAUUCUGAGUUUAAAGAAGCAUCGCAGCAACGAUGGAAAAAACAAGGUCCUGACGUGCGAGGCAGAUGGAUCGCCUAAACCUGACGUGCAGUGGAGCGUUAAUGGAACUGAUAAUGAGAUGUCAUAUGUCAACGGAAAGGCCACAUACAAACUGACUGUAGUGCCCAGUAAGAACCUCACCGUCACCUGCCAUGUGACCAAUAAACUAGGAGAUGAUACGAAGGAAAUCAGCGUGUUUUCUCUAUUUAAGGAGGAGACUUCCAAUCCAGAAAAAAAUGAAUACGGAGCUGAGCAGGCCAAGCUGAUUGUGGGUGUAGUGGUUGGGCUCUUCCUAGCCGCCGCUCUUGUGGGACUUAUCUACUGGCUCUAUAUAAAGAAAUCAAGACAAGGCAGCUGGAAGACUGGAGAGAAGGAGAUGGGCACGUCAGAGGAGAGUAAGAAAUUGGAGGAGAACAAUCAUAAAGCAGAUGUUUAGAGGAGAAGAUAGCCGUCAAAAAGACAAUGAAGGUAUGAAUCAGGAAAGAGGCCUUGUCACUGAAUGUGCUGUACUACACACUUCAAUCAUCUAAUUCCAGACAUCUGAUUGGACGCACACAUCUCCGUCAGUCUCCUCGCGUGCGUCAUGCAUCGCAGAAUGUUUCCACAAUAUUUCCUAAUCCAAAUGAACAGUUUGCUUAAAAAAAAAGAAAUCUGCACCACAAUCCAAGAGCGUAAAAGAAAACCACUCGUGUUGUAAAUUUAGUCUGCACUGAGGACUGCAUUUAGUUUUGUUUGAUUCUUAAUUUUCUUUUUUGUUCCCUGUGAAAGUUCUCGUUUAAUGAGCAUUGCUGAUAAGGUUGACACAGCUGUUUUUUUUCCCCUCUAGUAAAAAAUGUAAAUUCACUAUACACUUUGUAGGCCUGUGUAAAUAAGGGGAGUACUUUAUGUUCUCUCUGCUUAAUGUCAAAUUUGGAGGACUUGAUAUCGAGCGAAUCCCUCGUCUGUAUUCAAAUGGUCCUGAGAUGGCGGCCGGACUCUGGAAGUAUGAUGACUUCACUGCUGUUACACCUGUUCUCUGAUACAUGUUUCUGUCUAUCAUCUUUUAUUUAUUGGUACCUCUCUACAGUGCUGCCUUUUGAAGUUCAUGUUUAAUAUUUCCUCUAGAUAACUGUAGAGUGACUAAGUUGAGACAACAGGUUUAGGUUUCAGAUUAAUGGACAAUUAGUAUUGCUUGGGAAAUGACCUGCUACACACAGUGGCCUUCAGGUCAGAUUGCAUGAUGUCAUAGCUGCGUAUGGCUCCACAGAACACAGUCCACUAGUGUUUAGAAAAGUACAUAAAAGACUUAAAGGGGUAUAAUGUGAAACUGUGCUAAAGUAGGAAUUUGUUAGAGCCAAAAAUGUAUGCUUAUGCGUGAAUCUCACAGAAUAAGUCGUGGUCACACUCGCAUGCUUGUUAUGAGAAUUAGAUUUUCUUUUUGUGUUAGGGUAAUGUGAAUUUGGGUGGGAAAUGUGCUUAAUUGUCAAAUGCAAAACAAUUGAAAUGCUUGUUUCAUUUACUUUGAAAAAUAAAAAUUUUUCCUUUUGAUUUUAGGGUGAAAUGUGUUUGACCUGGACGUGUUUUUGUGAGAUUUACCCUUAAAAGUCCUCUCUUUGUAAUUUACUGGGAUAUAGCGACAUUGGCACGCAGAGCCUUCAGAGGUGUUGGUAGGAUGUAAAUCUAAAAUAGUAGCCCUUUACUUCUGCCUUAAUAGAAUGAGUCAGUAUUUGUGUUGGAAGGUGCACUUCAGUCAGUACUUUAAGGUGAAACCUCACAGAUUUUCUCACAUUAACUUUUUAGCUUUUCAUCUAUAAUUUUCACACUUCUCUCAGACUAUAAAUACACGACAGAUGUGUUGUUUUUUUAAUUUAACAUUAUAGCAGAUGUUUCAUGUAGUAGGCCUAUGUCAGGUUGAUGUCAAACACUGUAGUCUAUGAAACAUUUUUCCGUUCAUUGUGGUCUGAAGAAGCGUGCUGUAAAUAUGUUUGAGUCUGAAUGUCUUGCUUGUGUUUGGCUAUUUAUAAAGUGUGAGACGCACAAGGUUAACUGUGCUUCUGCUUAGUCAAUAAAGAGCUACACACCCACAUUUUAUGUAAAUCUUUGAAAUGUAGAAUCUCACUUUGUCCACGGUGCUGAGAUAUCUAGAAGCGAUUCGGCUUUAGUUUUAAUUUGCUUUUGUUUCUUCUCCAUACAAGGCCUUACAAAGUGUUUUGCAGAGGAAUGUUCAUGUUUAGUGUAAUUGGCUAUUAGUGUCAUGCUUAUUUUGAACCAUCAGGUCAGCAGUGAAACCAAAGAGGGUAACCGAAAAGAAGGCCAUAAAAGUAUUGUAAAUACUGACUUUUGUUUUUGUACUUUUGUUGACAAUAAAAUGUACAUUUUGA